AUUUUAUGUAAGAUUUAAUUCAUGUGGGUGCAGAGACCUACUCACUCGACCAGUGCUCCCACUCACUCACUGAACAAAUCGAGCAUUCAGUGAACACCGCCGCACACGGCGUGUACGCUCAGAGCGCUUUCUGUCCUUCAUUCAUCCCGGUGAAGGAAGGCUGCAGCUCACACUUCCAUCCCCCUCCUCAUGCUCCUCCACACUGGGACAUCUCACUCUGUGUUUGACUUUCUUUUCCCUCCUUUGUGCCUUUUGGUUGGAGUUAAUGGUAUCAACAAGGCUCAGUCCCUCCUUUUAUCUCCGUGAUACUAACGGAGCAUAGAAGUCGCCAGAGGACACGCGCAUCACGACAGAGAGAGCAGCGCGAAGGAGUUUUUUUCUAGGGUUUUUUGUUUUUGUUUUUCGCUUUUUUCGGAAGGGACUUCUUUGUUUAAAUAAGGAGAAAUAAGCAACAUUUCUGCACCGAGCAUCACUGACUCCUGUGGAGUUUUUAGGGAACAGGUGCGUUAAAGGAUUAAAGACGGGCAGCUGGCGGAUGGUUGUCGGUUUCCUGGAGAGGAGUCAGUUCCUCUGCGCAAGCAGCAUCAAUAAACUACAAGAAGAGACAAACCAUCUUCAUUAGACUGACAGACAGCAUGAAGUCACUGGACAAAAAACAGUUUUGUUAUGGGCUUGGUAGAAAGAAAUCAAUGUUUUCUCUGCUGAGGUGGAGUCUCAGAUGAAGAUGAAGUCUGCGGGCGUCGUGGAUGGAGGCUUGUUCACAGAGAGCUAUUGUAACAUCUGCAAUGCCCAGCUCAUCUCCGAGUCCCAGCGCACCGCUCACUAUGAGAGUAAGAAACAUGCCAACAAGGUACGAUUAUUCUACAUGCUUCACCCUGAAGAUGGAGGACCGCCUUCCAAAAGACUGAGGCCAGAUAACCCAGACUGUGCAGAGACGGAGGUGGACAGGAAUAAGUGCUGCACCUUGUGUAACAUGUUCUUCACGUCUGCGAUUGUGGCCCAGUCCCACUACCAAGGCAAAACUCAUGCCAAGAGAGUCCGCUUGGUGUUGGGGGAGCCACCCAACUUACCCACAGCCAUGGCCAGCCCUACAAAUACAGAUUCCUCGCCUUCUACCCCACUGCCCACAGACCCUGCUGCAUGCCCCCCUCCUUCCCCUGCCUUACCCUGGCCAACAGCAGUAGUCAGUGGAAAUGGUGGCAGAGAGGCUGGGAAGUAUUGCUGCCUUUGCGGAGCCUGGUUCAACAACCCACUGAUGGCCCAGCAGCACUAUGAGGGGAAGAAACACCGCAGGAACGCAGCCAGAGCACGCCUCCUGGAGCAACUAGCAGACAGUCUGGAUGCCACGGAGAGCACAGGGCUUCGCAGUAGUUACUCAUGCAAUGUCUGCAGUGUGGUCCUCAACUCUAUCGAGCAGUACCAUGCGCACCUCCAGGGCUCCAAGCACCAGAACAACCUAAAGCAACACCAGCAGUAAGUCACGAAGACAGACCGCUCUGGAAAUAAGAAGAGACGAAGACAGAGAUUACUGGGAUAAACAACUUCGAAAAAGACUUAUUUCAGAGUAGUGCUGAAAAACAGUGUGUGUAUGCGUGUGCGUGUGUGUGUAUGUAUAUGUAUAGGUGUCCCUGGCAUCUACGUGCGAAUGUAAAGUAUGUGUGUGCGUGUGUGUGUAAAAUUGUGUGUUUUGAUCCUUGAGAUUUAUUCAGCACCUUGUGUUUGAUGAGUUUGACACCAACAAGCAACAGAAGACCUGCGGCUCAGUAUUGCCUGUGUUAACCACAAUCCUGAAACCGAACUGAUGUCAUUUAAUUGCCCCAGAGUGGUAACAGUCACCACAAUGAUUGUCAGAGAACAGGUGUAAUCAUUACUCCGCACCUAGCAGUCCCCCAAGUGCUCUGGCAGUGAUCCGAGUCUGGACACAGUCUUCUGUUUUUCUUUCAUCUUUUUAAUAAGCAGUGAUGAGGAUGAUGGUGGCUCACGCAUGGUUCACUUUCAGACCACUUGAGACUUACUCAGGCCCAUACUUUCAAAUCCAAGGACAAGUAAACUCCUAAUGACCUCAGUCAUUACUGACUGCAUGAACUUCCAUAACUUCAGCCAGAGUGUUAUUAUGUCUGGGUUGAAUCUGGUGUUGUCUCUUAGUGUAGUGGAUUGGUCCUUCCCAAAUGGUGUGCUAUUUUUUAACCCAUCUUCAGAAAUCCCACAUAAUCAAAACAAGUAGAUAAAAGAGAAAAGCAGCAGAAACUUUCAGAUUUGUGCUCUAAAGAGGGGUCUGAAAUCCUGUAAAACAUCUACUGUUGAAAACAUUCCCAUAGCACUAAAUACUGAUGUCAGAUGUCUGCAGGUGACAUUAAACUCUCUAAGUAUGGCAACAUGUAGAUAAUAUUUAUUUUUCUGUUGCUAUGACCAGUAAAAGAAAAAAAAAGAAAAGAAAAAAACUUUUUAAACCAUGUAGCAUCCAAUGUACAAUAAAACUGGGGUGUAAUUCAAUGCAUGCCAACGUUGCAUUCACUUGCCUUUUUGGAGCUUAUUCAUUGCGCGCUUUGGUAAUAGCGCUGCUUUCUAGUGAUAGCUUCGUACUGCAUUACAGCACAUGCUUGCAACUGAAAAAAGGGGUCACCUUUUGAGCUGACUUAUUAACAUCCCAUUCAUUAGAAAAAAAAAACAUUUUGUUACAUAGAUAUAAGAUCUGUCACUGCAGUGUAAGAGCCUCAUGUAGUGUCUUCGAAAUGUCUGUAAAACAAGUUUCAACGAUGGUUUGUAGCACCAUAAAAUUAACUGACAGAAGAUAUGCUCUGACUGGCCCUGAGCAGCAUUCUUCUGUGAAAUGUGGGGAAAAUGGGAAAAACACCCAGUUCUGAGCUCUCCUCUGUUUGUUGUUUUUGAUUAAACACAUUUCUUUUUCAUCUUUUGUGCUGUAAACAUUCAAAUGUUUUUUAUUUCUGCAAAGUUCAUUUCACGAUAAGAAGAAGAAACAACACAACCUGUUUAGGGAACAGGUUUUUCGUUAGCAGACAUAUAGCUGAGCAAGGUUUUUUUAUGCAACCACACUGUAAUAGUAACAACCAUACAAUGUGGGGUUGAAAUUAAACAGUUUAAUAAAGCAAAAACAAGUACUAUGUGUAAAUAUGCAGUAGCUCCAGGUGAGAUUGUGAAAAACAAGAGUUUUGUAUUUAUAGUGUUUAUCUGCACUGAGCCACAGGUGAAAGCUAAUUUUUUUUUAUGAAUAUUACUUUAAAAAAAAAAAAAAAAAAACAUCUAAGCUGGCAUUGGAAUGAGAAUAAAUUGAGUUUUGGUGUGUUGUGUGUGUCAGUGGAUUGAGUUCAGUGAAAGCAAAUUUAUCCUUAAACAGAGAAUUAAUGAUAAUGGACCACAAUCCAGCACAUGGAAGACAGUAGAUUGUCAAAUUUAUUGUCUGCUAUGUAGUUAAAAAAAAGGGAUUCUGAUAAUGUUGUCAUGAAGAAAAGUACAAUCACCAACAAAGACAGUCCCUUCUGAGAAACAACUGAAAUGAGAAGAGUUGCAAGCUAGUGACUUAGAAACUUAGUCUACUGGAUCUUUUUAAAUGCUAUAACAAAACCACAAAAACAAGAAGUUUUUUGGCAUGUCUGAUGUGCAUCAUGACUGUCAGGAUGAUAUUUACACUGAUUUCUUUCUCUCCUGUGAUAGAGUAUUCACAAUAGAAACCAUGUCUGUGCGAGUCAAUAUUGCAAGACGUGAAGAGGGCAACUGUGCACGAGUCGCAUAUUAUAGCAGACGUUACAUAAUAAAUGACAGAGAUGUAUCUAUGGGUAGAAACUGUGUGAUAAGAUGCUUUGGUGGGUGUCUGUAUGUCAAAAUCUUCACUGCACUGGCAGUGGGAGACUCUUUGUUAGCUGUUUACUGUGAGCACAUUUGUAAACACACCUGAGGAUGGGUACAAUAAAGAUGACAACUAUA